GUCAGAUCGCACGUGCAUUCUUUUUUUGCCGAUUUCAUAAUCGAAUUAUGCGGGAUCAUUUGACGUUUCGAAUGACUAAAAGUACUACUUUUGACUGAAGGAAACAACCCCAUUAUCGGAAGAAGUUGCAGACACGUGUUUUGGAGAUCUAGACUGCAGAUUUGCAGGAUGGAUCUCUGAACAGCAUCUCUAAGUCCACAACCCUGUCAUGCGUCAUCUUCUGUCAUUAUUUAUAUUUGCUUUCAUCAGUCUUACAAGCGGCCAGCAGUAUGCUGAACGUAAUCCCAUUCCCGCCGACACGUUGCCCAUUUUGGACGAUUACGAUUACGAUGCAACGGAUGGAUACGAUUUCAAUGACGAACAGGAUAUUUACCGGUGGAACAUCAACGAUUACCCCCAUCCAAGAGAAAAUCCACGGUAUUGUAACCGGUUAAAGCCUUCCAAUAUUUGUGAUCCAGAUUCAGUGCUGGAAAAAGAACAAGCGGACAGAUUAGAUUCAUUCAUUAAAUCCCUAUACCAGGAAACUCCUUGCAUAUGUGACACUUGUGAGCCAGGCGAAGGAGGAAUAGUGAUAGGCAUCGCUUUGCUGAAACACAUGUACCAGCCAUACAACGAGCAUCCGUCAAAAAUUAUUCGUCGUUUUUCGGAAAGUUUAAGAGCCAAAUGGAAACUUGGAAAAUGCGACAACGAUAUCCUCAUCGUAGUUGCGGUCACGGAUAGAUUGUCGUACACCGAUGUGGGCAAAGCCACUUCCUCCUACGUGUCGCUGAACGAGGCUCACCGCAUCUUCCUGGAGAACAAGGCCCACUUCACCGCGGGCCACUUCUUCGAGGGCCUGAGGGCGAUGCUCGCCGACUAUCACGAGAGCACCAGGGACAUGAAGAGGCCCGUCGAGAAGGGGCUGGACAUCGCCCUCAUAUCCGGCUCCAUCAUCGGGGCCGUGGUGCUGCUGGGGGUGGUGCUGUUCAUCGCGUUCAUCGUCUACAGGCGAUGCAAGAUGGAGAAGCCCGAGAAACGGAACCCAGACGAGAAGACAGACAACAGAGAAAGCGUUUCUUCGAGUUGGACCAAACAGGACAUAAAAGUCAUGUUCAGUUCCUUGAAAGGCACCGCCGGCAAGCAAAUGUCGUCGCCAAAAUACCAGCCAUGCGAGACCGACGAAAAGGACGCCAACCCAUCCAAGGGAUCCGACGACGAAAUCAUUGACGUCACGUUGGCCAUCCCAGAAGACAACAACGAGACGCAGCUGACCACAGUGUCCGGCCACGACGAGUCCACGUCAGAGAUGCUGGAGAAAGAUUUGAACACGGCCACUGAGGACUUGGCGAAGACAUUCGCCACCGUCACACCCAGGCCGACAUUUCGAGGACAUAUGACGGACUUGUGAUUUGUAGUUAGUUGUUUAUUUUGUCAAGAAAUUGCGAUAUUUUUUUUCUUUUAACCCUUUGACUACUAAUGCGCUGAGCUAUAUAAUUAACUGGAGUGUUAGCUAAGUUUACCGUUGUCAUCUGCUGGAACCAUUGGUAAUUUGGCACGGAUAACUUGAACUCCAUAAAGCCAAGGAUUAAACAUUUUUUUUUGCUAAAAUAAGAACAACAAAAACUGAUUUGCGUCGCCAAAAUCGAUUAUUGGCAUCAUGAAAAUAUGAGAAUUUCACCUCUUUCAACUCAAACAGAAAUGAACUUGCUCCAGGUCAAUUUCAGUUUCGGCAGUGACCGAGCCCUCUGAGACCGAGACUUGCUGCAUCACGUGACAAGGGCCUUUCAGUUUCGACCAAUCAGCAGAGGAAGAAAAGAGCUACCGGAGCAUUGACCACUUACUCUGGUAACUUUUAAUACAUAAACUGAUUUUCGAGGUUAUGUUCGUGUGUCUUGUUUGAAUGCUAUCGAAUCAGUCCACAUGGGGUGUCUAAUUUUUUGAGCAGAGUAACAACUCGAGGAAAAAAUUUUCUCCUGAAAUGAAACUCAAGAUUUUAUCGUCAUUGGUGUUUCAUUUUAUAUACAGAAGCUCUCAUGCAUGGAUAAGUUAAAUCACAUACGGAGAUUGAAAAGUUUUCUAUUGAAAAUUUGUUUUUGACUCAUUCAAAGCAACCACUUGCAACUUACUUUUACAUACAAGCACCACAUAAUUUUACUAUUGUUAAGUUUCAACGAAAAGCAAAAUUUUAAAUUUCAUUUCAUUUUAUCAUUGAGUUUGAUAGGUAAAACGCAACGUAUUUAACCUCAGUUUUCGAAACUUGGGUGUAUCCUUCCGCCUCGCCAGACUGCAUACUUAAAUAUAAAACCUAUGGCAGAUAACACUUCAGUAUUAUUAUGAUUCAGUGCUGAUGGGACAUAGUGCAGUGGGUAGGUUGUAUUUCAUCUUUCGUUACCUGAAUGGAGUUAAAAAUUUAUAACGAACGCAUUCUAAAACGCUUUGUGAGCUUCAGCACAUCAUUUACUUCGCAUGGAACAAGUGCGUCUUAACUAACUGGGAUUGGAAUCUAUGCGCCCCAGUCUGUAGAUUGGAUACUGUUUGGUUAUCCUGCGACGCUGUCGAUAGAGUACGUUCCUCCCAGGCUUUGUACCCCAGGCUCGAAUUUCUGGGCCAAGGGUAUGGAUGUACACAAUCGGUAUUGCACUUCUUUCUAUCAUGUCUCAGUGUUUCGAACUUCACGUAAAUCUGAUAGUCCCCCUCUCUCCCCGGCAAUGCAUAGGUGCUUUUCGUGCAGGUUCGAUUAGUCUGUAAAUUGUAUAAGGGUCGGUCGUUCGGGCUAAAACGCUUUAUAAGGAAUCGAAAAGAACGAAGAAAGAAAUUCCCACGAAUUAUUAUUAACUAAAUUUAAAUUAUUUUCGAGCUCGAAUAUCCUCAUCUACGUAGAAACGGGAAUUAUAUACAGUCGAACCUCCAUACAUCAAACUUCCACAUUUCGAAAUUUUCUAUAUAUCGAAGUUCCAGCAAAUUUCAAUGUUCAUUACAUAGAACAAUUGUUUCUAUAUAUCGAAAAAAUCUCUAUAUAUCGAAAAAAAUUUCGAGACAUUCGUAGAUUUUUUUUUUUCCACUUUAGACGGUUUGUCUCAUGAAAAAUGAAGGUUAGGGGAGAAAAUUAUGAUUACUAAAGGUUGCUAAGAAACUCAUAAGAUAUCUGGGUUUGAGGGGUUUGUAGAUGUAGGUCGUUGUUCCAUUCUGGAGUCUGGAGUUCUUAAAUUCCCUCAAGUUUAUUUCAAAUCUUAGUUGUAACCAGUAACACUGUAAAAUCAGUUUCAAGUUAUCCUUUUUGUCAGUUGAUUAUCAUUCCUAGUCUUUUUAGCUUCAGUAAAAAUCAUUCAAGUUAAGUAGAUUGAUUUUUUACUUUUCAUUCGAUUAAAUUGUCAAAACGAAAAUCCCCUCAUGUUGCGAAUCAAGUUUACCUGCCGAAGAAUGAAGAUGUGUGAAGGCACAAAAAUGUAAUUUCUGUUAAUUUUUCAGUUAUUAACUUUCGUUUAAUUCGAUGCUCGUAUAAAUUAGAAAUUGGGUUUCAUGCACGAAAAUUAGCUUUUAUUUUAACGGUUUAGGAGAUUUUUAUGAUAAAAUAAGAUUGUUUCUAUGUAUCGAAAUUUCUACGUAUCGAAUUUUUUUCCGGCAAUUUGCUACUUCGAUAUAUGGAGGUCCGACUGUAUUUUUUUUUCCUAAAUUGUAGUCAAAGGGUUAAACUUAUUUCAUCACUCGAGCCAAAUGACCCAGUUCUUCAUAACAAGAGAAAAGGAUACUUUUGUUUUGGAAAAAAAUCAUUUAGUUUCACUUGAUUGGCUUACUUUUAAUGUUGGUUUCACACCAAUUACGACAGCGGCGAGAUCUUCGUCACCGACUUUCUGCGCUCGCAUUGUGUCUCAUCUUUCAAUUAACAUUUUCAGCUCACCGCUUACUGAUUGGCUGCCGUUUACAGAUGAGGAGACCAACCCUUCCAGAAACCUCGAGCUCUGUUGCCAAAACUGGUGUGCCAAUAUAAUAGUUAGAAGGAAUAUUUUAACUGCUUUCCUGAGAAGAAGUACAUCGUGUUGCGCAGCUGGUCCAUUAUUAAAAAUUUCUUGAUUUUUUGAAUGCCCUAUGAUGCAAAAUGAGAAAGGGCAGUUGCCGAUGUUGGUAUAAAACUGUAACAACAGUGACAGCAAUAUAUUUUUGUGGCUCCCGUGACCAGCGUGAAUCAGUCUUAGUGAUUAGCUCUUCAUUGUAACUGUUGUCAUAAAUCUAUAGCAACAUAUUCUACGACUCUCGAGACUGUUGUGAACUAACAAUGGUGAUUGUGGUAAUUGUUGACGGAAAACUAUAGCAACAGAAAUGAGAAAAACAUAUUCUGGGACUGUCGUGACUGGUGUGAACCAAAGUUAGGGACUGGCUGUUCUUAGAGAGUGCCAGUGUAGGUAUAAAUGUAUAGCAACACAAACGACAACAGUGUAAUUUGUGGCUAUCGCGGUGGGUGAGAAAUCAACAUUAGUAACCGGCUGUUCAUAGUGACUGUCGCGAAAAAGCAACAGCAACGGAGAUGACUCUAACAUAUUUUAUGGCUGCCGCGGCUGGUGUGAAAUCAGCAUUAGAAACAGAUUUCUAAAUAAGAAUACAACUCCUGUUGCUCGAGAUAGAAUGUACAUAUUGUUGAUUCUACAAAAAUCCUUGCAUUUUUCUUCCUAUGUCCAUAUGCUAAAAAUAUAUGUCCACUUCCAUAAGUUCUUAAUAUUGUCUAUCA